GCCUCAGCCGCGGUACACAGUCAGUCAGAGCAAAGGACUCGAAGCGAGUGGUCUCCUAGCGUCCGGGGCCUUCCGGUUCGUGUGCUAUUUCCCCAUAGACAUCCCUCCAGGUGCUAUUGUGUCUCCGUCAGUAGCUAAUUCAGUGCAAUAUAAGUAGCGCCCGAGAAAGAGCGCAUGUGUGUCUCAAAGUGAUUUCGAAAGUGUGUGUAUUCAUAGAGUUUCAGGAGAGGCAAAGCCGAGGAGAGUAAGAAAGAGAAGGAGAGAGAGAGAGAGAAUCAUGCCACUUUUCAAAAACAAGAAGACUAACGGGGUGGACGACACUCACACCCACUACCAACAGGGCUCCAGGCCGCCCACAAACGGUCACACCACGCCCCCGGAACCACCUGUAACGAGGCCUAAACUCGUCUUCCACUGCCAGCAGGCUCACGGUUCGCCCACUGGCAUUAUCUCAGGUUUUACCAAUGUCAAGGAACUCUACCAGAAGAUCGCCGAGUGCUACGAUAUCCCUUGUGAAGACAUCCUCUUCUGCACACUCAACACACACAAGGUCGAUAUGGGUAAACUUUUGGGGGGACAAAUCGGUCUGGACGACUUCAUAUUCGCACACAGAAAAGGAAGGCCAAAGGAGAUAGAGAUAACGAAAACAGAGGACGCCCUGGGGCUCACCAUCACAGACAACGGUGCCGGAUACGCCUUCAUUAAAAGAAUUAAAGAAGACUCCGUUAUAGACAGAAUUAAACACAUCGAGGUGGGCGACCACAUAGAAAAAAUCGACGGCAAGAACCUGGUGGGUCACCGCCACUACGAAGUUGCCAAAAUGCUCAAAGAGAUCCCCAGGGGGACGACCUUCGUCAUGAGAGUGGUCGAGCCGUUGAAAGCAGGAUUUGCCAACAUUGGUCCCAGAUCAGAUCCUCGAUCGGGUAGCAAGAAGGGAGUUGGCAGUGGCAAAAAGACUCUGCGCUUCAAGGCAAAUGGGCAAGCAGAAGUUGAAGAUGGGCCUGAUGACCUUGCAACAUUUGCCACAGAAAAAAUAAACUCGUUAUUAGAAAACUUCAUGGGCAUCAACGAUAAUGACUUAGCUGCUCUCAUCUGGGAUUUGGGUCAGAAGGCGCAAAACACCAUGGAAUUUGCAGAAGCUGUUGACGAAUCAGACCUUGAGGCCUUUGGAUUCACUGACGAUUUCAUUUUCGAGCUUUGGGGAGCAAUUACUGAUGCUAAAGCUGGAAGACUGAAAAAGUAAAUGUGUGUGUGUGUGUGUGUACACACGCUAAUAGAUGUAAUACAGGAUCUGGAGAGACCGAGUGAAACAUAAAACUGUACAUUCCUGGAGGGACCCAUUUGGUCUUCUCUUUUUUUAUGAAAAACUUCAAUGAUUUCUAAUUGUAGUCUCAGCUGACUUGUUCAGCUACUGAGCAUAGAUAUAGAAUACAGUUAGGGGUAAAACUCUUACAGUGAUUAUGAAAUAAGUAUUCAUUCCUGUACUUAUAAGAAUUUAUUUUGGUCAUACCUGUCACAGUCAUCAACCUUUGAAUAUACAGUACUGCAAUUUGGUUUGCUGUUCAAUACAAGAUACUGUAACAGUGAUGACAUUAAAUAUCCUGGCUCGAAUAAUAAAAAAACAGCCCUGGAUAAAGUAACUGUUUCAUAAAAUAUGAAUGCUCAGAAAACCAAUAUGAUAGCUAUUUCUUCUUAAGUUAUUGAUGCCUUAAGGGGCUUUCUAAGGUGAAUCAACUUUUGUGAAGAACUUUUACUUUGAACAGAAAAAUUUGCUAUAUCUUCUUUCUGUAACAUCGUUGCAAGGGAUAUGUAACUUAAUGCUCCAGUGUUUGUCCUAUUCAUCAAGUUUCAAGUUUAAUAUUUUGUCGUGCAUAAUACAUUCAGCUUUCUGCUAUUAAUAUUCUAUUACACUGAAAAGAUCCUUAAAACAUCAACAAGAAUUUAAGUUACUCACUAUAGCAUUUUUGUAAAAUUUAUUAACACAAAAAUGGAAGUGUGUUCAUCAAACCAAAGAAAACAAUUUUUAUACACUGGAAUACUGAAAACUUCCAAACUUUUCCCAAAAUCACUCUUAAAAUCAUAACUACAGUAUAUACUUCAUUGUUAAUACACUCAUAUGUGAACUAACAGUGAACCAAUGAACCGUAUCAAAGUUAAUUCCUUUGUAAUCUCAAUAACAUUUCAUAAUUUGAUUACUGAUCAAAGUCAUUUCCCCUCGAAAAAUUAUUACGAAAGUAUCGUACUUGUGGUACCUCCUUUGAAACUAUAUAACUUGAUGAGAACUACUCUGGCAGCUCUCAGUAAUUCUUUUUCUACAGUAAAGUUCUCGUAAGUCACUACACUUCGGAUAACUGUAUUGUUUACAAAUAGUACAGUCAAACAAUUUCAAAAAUAUGUAUACAGUAUGUACGUAUGAAGUAAGAAAAUCUAUAACAUAUAUAGACUUGUGAUUCUGAACAGUUAUGUUGACAGGUGCAAACUAUUCUGUGUAUGUAAUUGUAAAUUUUAUGCAGACAGUAACCCUUAUUUUUUCGUAAGUCAGUAGAGUAGGGAUAGAAGAUAUAAAGUGCUCUGCUUUUUGUAUAUCCAAUUUUUAUAAUAAUGAAAUAAAUUGAAUCUUUGCUACUACUAUCAAACAGCACAUGUAUUAGGAUUAUGAAACAAAAGUGUUUGGUUUUAUUUGGAUGGUAACUAUAAGCAGUUUUGCUGUUACACUAUCUUUAGUCAAAUAUCAUUGUAAAAGUUCUCGUCUAUGUGGUAAACUUUAACAGAAUAAAAUACAUAAAAAUGAUGAAUGGCGUAAGUUGGGCAUCACUCUCAAGGGGGAAAAGUGCAUACUAAGUAAUUUUUGAGUGCAAUAUAUUUUGUUGUAUAUGGUACUGAUAGAUUUUAUUCAAUUAUACUUUGUCAUACAGUAUCACAGCUACUAAAGAACCUGUUGGGAAGACAUUCUUGAAUGUGUUUAGACCAAACUAAUUAAGGCCUGGCCUAUAUAUCAGAAGGAAGCUUGCAUGUACCCUGCCAUUUCACAGCAGUACUAUAGUACGUAUUACCUUUCUCACAACAAAAUGAUCUCAUUGUUCAAUGUGGAAUUAUGUUUCAAACACUAUAUAAAACUGAGUACCAAUGCAAGGGUGAUGAUUUUUCAUAAUUGAUAAAUACGUUCUGAAUGUUUGUAAUUAUAAAAUGUUAUGGAUAUAUGAUGUCAGAUGCUCUACUCCAUAUACAGUAUAUAUUUAUAACUCACUGAGCAUUUACUUGUACAGUUAAUAUAAUGAGCUUUGUGUAAAA